ACGACAAACGCACGCUUGUCGAUCGGGUGGACAAAACACGCAGUGGCUGUGGCGGGAUUGCUCUUGGCGAGGACAUCACUCGACGUGGUGAUGCUCAACCUCACCACGACUAUCGAACACGCCAUCGUGGAGAGAAGCAAGGAGGGGUUCAAGAGGGGGAUGUCUCGCUUCGUUCGGAUGUGUGUGCCGAUUGCGGUGGUCAACUCGGUGAGAGCGGGAAACGUGAACAGAGAGAGAGACAGGAGGGGCAUCUACCCCCCCACACACUCCGCAAACUGAUCCAACACCCAAACUUUUCUCUUUGCACCUUUUUGAGGAGAAACUAGAUAAUGCCCGUACUCGUUGUCAAACGGCACGCGAUGGUCGAUCACGAAACAACCGAGGUGCUCAAGUACUGCCAGUCUGAGCUCUCGUUGCGGUUUCGCCAGCGCCUCACGGAGCACGUCAUGUCCAAGUACAUGGAGGGAUUCACCUUCUACGCGGUGUCGAACUUGGACGAUCGGAUCGCUAACGCGGACCAGGCGAUUACCCAGGACGUUGAGCGUUUCGCGGCAUCUAUGGCGGAGCUGUUCUCCAACAUCACCAAGCCGGUGUUAGACAUGUUGAUCUACGUACGCAGGUUGUCCGACAAGGUUGAUGCCGUGGCGCCGGCGACGAUGAUAGCCUACCUGCUGCUGUCCGGGGUGGCUCUCAGCGCUCUGAGAAAACCGACAGCGAUGUACACCGCACUGGUGGCGCAGCAGGAAGGGGAGUACCGCUACGUUAACAGUCGAUUACUCACCAACGCGCAAGAGAUCGCGUUCUACAAGGGCAACACGAAGGAGAAACAGGUGCUGGAAGGGGUUUUCGACAAGCUGGUGUCCGUCACGAGGCGAUCGGAGAGGUUCCGACACUCUCUCGGUGCCCUGGACUCGGUGGUGGCAAAGUACUUCGCUAGCCUCGUGGGCUGGACGGUGGUGUCCCGUCCCUUCGUCAACAGGGACCACCCGAGACACGCACACAGCACCGCGGCUGAGGUCUACCAAGACUACCACUCGAGCGGCAGGAUGAUGCUCAAGCUGGCGGCAGCCCUCGGCCGCCUGGUGCUCUCCGGCCGAGAGCUAGCCCGCCUGUCGGGCUUCAGCUCUAGGGUCACGGGCCUCAUCGACGUGAUCGACGACGCCAACAGAGGCGUUUUCAAGAGGGGACAGGUGCCGAACAGCCCCGGUGCCGCUAUCCCUGGAGCGGCGGUGGCGGCGGCGGCGGGAGCCACCGCAGCGGGCGCUGACGGUCCCUCGGCGGCGUCAGUAACAGCGGUCGCAAACGCUACCGCAGCAGCAGAGAUUGCGGCGGCGCCUGCGGCGCGGGCGGCGGCGAGAAUAACGCCUCCUCGACGAAACCCCGGGGUGUCGGGGGUUAACCUCGCCACGGAGGAGGACGGGAAUUCGCCGAGUUGGGCGGCGGAUGAGGGGGGACGAGAAGGUGCGUCCGGGGAACCCGGCCGUAUCGGCAACGAGGACGGCGACGUUUCUGGGACGAUUCCGCGGCUGACGUCCUCAUUGUCGGAACCUGCUCGCCCAUCGUCGAUCUCACGUGCACCCGCGGAUGGCCAUCCCGCGAUGAUGGCCGGAACGAAGGCGUCGGCGGUAGGAGUAGCCCUGGGGCAGCCCGAGCUCGAGCCUGAAGCUGCUGGUGCCGCGAGGGCCUCGGAAGCGGGGGCGGGGGCGGGGGCGGGGACGGGGGGGGUAAGCGGGGGUGGUGGCGGCGGCGGCAGGCCGGGCGCGCCGCCGCUGCAGCGGUCGGGGUCGGUGGUGGUGCAGGAGGACAGCGUCAUCGAGUUUGUGGACGUGCCUCUCGUGACCCCCACCGGGGAGGUGCUGGUCGAAGCCCUUUCUUUCAAGGUGGAGGCGGGCAUGAACGUGUUAGUGGCGGGGCCGAACGGGUCUGGAAAGUCCAGCCUCUUUCGAGUGCUGGGGGGCCUGUGGCCGUUGCGGGGAGGAACGCUGUCGAAACCGCCUACAUCUCGUCUGUUUUACGUGCCCCAGAGACCCUAUUUGGCACUGGGGACCCUGCGGGACCAAGUGAUCUACCCGCAUACGCGGCAAGAGGCAGCCUCAAAGGGAGUCACCGACGUCGACCUGCUGUCUGUGUUGGACUCCGUGAGGCUGGGCUACGUGCUGGACAGGGAGGGGGGCUGGGACGCGGUUCGGGAUUGGAGCGACGUCCUGUCCGGCGGCGAGAAGCAGCGGCUGGCUCUCAGCAGGCUCUUCUACCACCGACCGCAGUUCGCCAUCCUCGACGAAUGCACAAGCGCCGUUAGCGUCGAUGUGGAGGGCGACAUCUACCGCCUAGCCGCGAGCAGCGGGAUCACUCUCUUCACGGUGUCCCACCGCAAGAGCCUGUGGAAGCACCACGGCUACCUGCUGCGAUUCGACGGGUUGGGCGGGUACGAGUUCAAGGCCAUGUCGGACGUCGCCGGCGACGAGCAUUUCGGUUCCUGA